AUGGCUGAUUCAAAGGAAAUUGAAUCCCAUACUUGGAAAGAAGUAUUUCUAGUCCUUGGAUUCAAUUGGAAGGUAACCAGAGAAAUCAUAUCACCCAUGGUGAACGCUACCCCAUUUUUGGAUCCAAAUCAGCCUAAUCAGGUUGCCUUCUCCAAGGACGUACCUCUAAAAGUUCCAGGCAGCAACUUCAAAUCCUUCCCUUUCAUUACCACCUCAAUAACUUAUGAAUACCGGCUGGCACCCGAAAACCCUCUCCCGGUAGCUUAUGAAGAUGCCUUGCAUGCUAUACUUUGGUUGAAGUCCCAGGCACAACAUUGUCUUCACCGCGAUCCAUGGUUAGAUGAGUUUGCUGAUUUUUCAGAGGUUUUCAUAAUGGGUGAAAGCGCAGGUGGCAACAUAGCUUACCACGCAGCCCUUCGAGCAACAAAGUUUAAUCUUCGACCAAUGAGAAUCCAAGGGGUGAUAUUGGAUCAGGCAUUUUUUGGUGGAGUUGAAAGGACAUCAUCAGAGCUUAGACUUGUUGAAGAUGCUCGCCUUCCUUUGUACGUAAAUGAUGCCUAUUGGUCGUUGGCAUUGCCAUUCCAAGCAAAUUGA